UGAAUUGAACAAAAUAUACGAAAACUCGAAAAGUCAUAUGUGUAAACCCGCGAAAUGUUUCUAAUACAUUUUUACCUAUUAUAAUAAAUAAUAAUAUAAUAAGUGUUUAUCUUUUGAUAGCCAUGAUUUUCAAAAAUUUAGAUGUAACUAAAUUAUCCAGAUUAUCCUCACAACAAGUAGACCAUGUAACUUGUAUUGAAUGUUGUAAAUAUUAUGUUAUACCUACAACAGCAACUUGUGGACACACAUUAUGCCAUUCUUGUUGGCGAGGGAGACGUACUUGUCCUUUUUGUAAAGUACAAGUUGAGAAAAAAAAUUUAAAAUUAAAUUUACCUCUACAGACUCUCAAAGAUCAUGUUCAAUUACUGGCAAAUGCAUUUGAAGAACUUUUUAACAUAAAAUUGGAUGAAUUUUCACUUGAUCCGCCAAUUGAUAAAGAAUCUGAAGAUUCCAAUAAACAUGUCAAAGAAUGGUUGGCAAGUUCUCAAAAUCAUUUUUCUGCACCAGUAACAGAUUCUCAACAGUCAAUUAUAGGUCAAUCUAUUGAACAAGUUACAAGUAAUAUAUUAAUUCAUUCAGAAAAGAAGGGAAAUCCAAAAUCUGUUGAUGUUGUUCAUGUGCCACCCUUACAAGUUGAUUGGGAUAAAAUUGAAGAAAUGCCAGAAAUAGCAAAUACUAACAAAAAUGUACAAAAUCCUGUAGGACCUAUGGACAUAGAACCAUUUGACUUUAUAGAUGAUGAUGAUGAUAAAGACUAUUCAACAGAGAAUCCUAGAAGAAGCUCAAGAAACAAAGAAAAUAAACAUAAUCAUUCAAAUAAAGCCUUCACUGAAAUAAAAUCUGACAACAAUAGUGGAAAAGGUUUAAAUUUGGAUUCUGAUAUUAAGUCUCACAAGCUUGGAAAAAAUUGGAACAAUGUUAAAAGAAUGAAAAAAGAAUUUAGUAAACUAAAUAAAAAAAAUAGAAACAAGUUAAAUGUUUCUAUUGAAAUGUGUAAGAAAACUCAAACUAUUGCUAAUAAAGCAGUUGCACCAAAUUCACAGCACAACAUCUUAUAUGAUAUUGAUGAUAACACUCCAGAAUCUAAUUUGAAUGAUAAAGAGAAUAGCAAACAUAAAAAUACUAUUGAGGAAGUGAUGGAAGAAAAUAGCACAGAAAGUAAUAAACAAAAAGAUGAAGAUAUAACAGAUAGCCAUUCUAAUAAAACCAGGCCUUCAAAUAAAGAACAGAUUUGCGUUAAUGUUAAAGACAAACCUGCAGAGACUGAACUCAUCACAAACAUAAUGUGUAAAGAUAAUGUAAAUAAUCAAACAGUAGAAUCUCAAAAAGUCUGUUUCUUUAAAAAAAGUGCCUUAAAUAAAAUGGAAACAUUAGGUGAAAAAAACAUAGAUAUUGGACCUAAUGAGAAUUCAAAUGCGAUCUCUGUUAACAAUGAUGACAUUGAAAUAACAAUUAAAAUUGGGAACACUUUAACUAAUAUAUGUAUCAAGAAAAAAGAUAAUGAUGUCCAAUUUAAAAUUAAUUCCGAACGUGAAAUUCAAACGAGUCCUGAAAAUGUAAAUGCACAUAAGAAUGUUGUUCUUAUUGGAAAUCCAAUAAUGGACAGCAAAUCACAAAACACUAAUAUUAUUGAAGGCAUGCAAAUUGAUCAUGUCCAUGAUGAUAUUAAUAAUAUUAAAUGUAAUGCAUCAAAGAUACAAAUUUUAGAAAAAUCGACAUCUACCAAGAAAAAUACGGCUUCUGCUGAUACAGCAACAGGCAAUUUUGAAAUAACAGAAAGUGUAGAGAGAGAAUUAACAGAUAUCUUGGACAAUGCACAAUGUCUUAAUGACCAAAAUAAAAAUUCAAGCAGCAAUUCAGCAUCUGUUAAUAAUGGCCAAACAAAAAUUCAUCAACCAACAACAACACCCAAAGUGCUUCAAGGUAUUCCUGAAGAUAUGGAAUAUUUGAAUGAUUUGGAUAUAUUUGAUGGGGAAUCUGUUAAAGAAGGCAAGGUUCAGUCACUAAAAGCUUCUAAGAACACUCCGUCCGCAAUAUUGAUGCCUACAGUAAAAAGUAAUAUAAUGAAGUCCCUAAAAGAUAAGAGAGAAAGAGAAUUACCUUGUUCAGAUGAUAUUCCUAGCAAGAAAAAAAUUAAAUUAACACAUGAAAGUACAAAUAUUGAUGACAAACCAAUGGAUACAGUAACUUGUGAUCAAAAUAAAACUUUAGAUCAAGAUAGUGAAAAUAUUAAUUAUGAUGCAAUAAUGAGCCAGGUAUUUGCUAACAUUGAUGCAGACAUGGGUCACAUCUCUAAGACUACUUUGCCUAAACAGGCUACUCAGAACUCUAAUAGUAAUAAAAGUAAAAUAGCACAAACUGGAGAUAUUUUACAUAGAACACAAGACAAAAAUGACAAUAAACACAACAAUAAAGACAUCACUAAAGAAUAUGCAAAUCAAAAAUAUAGUGAAAAUGUAUUUUCAAUGAUUGAAAAGGAUAUUUCAGAUUCAGAAUUAUUGGUUUCGUCUAAAACUAUGACAUCAACACAAAUUCACAAUGAAAGAGAAGAUUCUGUAAAAGCAGUUAUUGUGGAUAAUAUUAAAUCCUUUUCUCAAGAGUCUGAUAUAGAAGUUGUAGAACUCAGUACACCAUUACAUGAUGAUGAUUCUGACAAGAGCAUUGUUGAAGAAACACCUCAGAAGAGUACAUCUUUAUUAAAAAAUAAAAGUAAAAACGAAAUAACACUUGUCAGUAAUACUCAACAAUUAUUAUUAAAAGACAAUAAGAAACCUAUGAAACAAUUACACAAAACACUCAGCAAUGUAAACAGAGAUACAGAAGAUCCUGUGAAUGUAUUAAGUUUGUCGGAUACUUUAGGUGACACAACAAAAACUAGUAAAAAUGUAACUGUUGUUGAAACAGUACAACCGAGGCCGACAAUGGAGACACCUCUAACGAUUACGAAAUUUGUUGAUCAAAUUAAACACAAAUCAACACCCAUGGCAAGAAAAUCACUAAAUUUUAACAGUCAAAAUGCUGAGGAUGACCCGGAACAAACCCUGUGUCCAAGUUCAUUUGUUGCAGCUAAAACUACUCAAGAGAAAGAAUUCAUGCAGAGAGCUUUUGAACAAACACAAAAUUCUCCAAUUCAAAGUUUGGAGACUGGGAAGAAUUUCAAAAGACCUGUCAAACUUUGUGUUGGUGGAUCUUGUUUGUCUUCCUCGGAGCAUGCAAACCUUAAACUAUUAUGCCUUCGGAGAAAUUGGACUUUCGUUGAUAAAUAUUGCAAAGAGUUGACUCAUCUUGUUGUUGGAGUCGAUGAAGAAAAUAAGUCACAAAGAUCUGUAAAGUACAUGUGUGCUCUAGCCGGAGCGAAGUGGAUCGUUUCUUAUGAAUGGGUUGAAAAAUGCCUGCAAACAAACAGUAUUGUCGAUGAAGAGCCGUUCGAGGCGCUGGACGGCACGGGCGAGCCGGGCCCGCGCCGCUCGCGGGUCGCCCGCCUGAAGCUGUUCGAAGGGAUCACGUUCUACUGCAUGCCUCCAUUCACCGUGCUCGAUGUCGAUACCUUAAAGGACAUCCUGGAGAGUGCGGGCGGGCGCGUGGCGAGCUCGCCGCGGGACGUGCGCGCCGCCGCCGGGCCCGCGCUGCUGCUCGCCGAGCCCGAGCGCACGCAGGACGACAAGUUCACGUAUCUUGCUAUGGAACUAAGUAUUGUGCCUGUGAACUAUGAGUGGGUGCUAAAUUGCUUGGGCAGUUACACUUUGGGAUCAAUAUACGAACUAUUACUGUGUCCAGCCUCCUUGAUACCGCCUGUCACUUCUAACUGGCCACCUGAAUUGAUAUCUCGUGAUUAUGAAUAAAUAUAAUUUCGUUUUAUAA